GUGUAACUGGGUAUCUUGGGACCUUUGGCUUUGAUUUGUAUAAAUACUUGAUGAUUAGAGCACAUGUUGACGCUUUGUUUUUGAUCAAAAUUCUGCAAGCUUUUACUAAAAGUAAAAUCUCACAUACACUACAUGCACUUGCAAACAAGAAUGUCGGGCUUCAAAUAUUCCAUCAUCAUCACCGGGGGCACAGCCGGUAUGGGGUUUGCAGCAGCCACGCAGAUGGCCAAAGACUGCCCGGACCACCUCAUCGUCAUCGCGUCGAGGAGCAGCAACGACGACGCGGCCGGCGCCAUCAACAAGUCCCUCAACCAGUCCAACACGCAGUUCCUCCCCAUCGACCUGGCCAACCCGACCGACGUCCGCCGCUUCGCCCGCGACUGGAUGGCGGACGAGAGCAAGCCGCCCAUCAAAGCCCUCGUCUUCAACGCGGCGCUGCAGUUCCCCAACGGCCUGACCCUGACCCCCGACGGCAUGGAAAAGACCUUUGCCAUUGCCCACGCCGGCCACGCCCUGCUCUUCCACCUGCUGUUCCCCAGGCUGGUCCCGCGCGGCGCCCGCGUGGUGCUGACGUCGAGCGGCACGCACGACCCGGCGCAGCGGUCCGGCAUGCCCGACCCCGUCUACACCACCGCCGCCCAGGUGGCCUACCCGCCGCCCGAGCGCGCCGCCCUCCCCAGCCGCGCCCACUACACCACCGCCAAGCUCUGCAACGUGCUCUGGGCGUACGCGCUGGCGCGACACCUCGGCGACGCCGUGCCGGAGCGGAGCGUGUCGGUCACGGCGAUGGAUCCGGGCCUGAUGCCGGGGACGGGGCUGGCGCGGGAGACGACGCGGGUGCAGCGCUGGCUGUGGGUCGCCGUGCUGCCGAGGCUCCUGUGGCUGCUGAGGAUGGUGUUUUCGCCCAACGUGCACACGGCCGAGGAGUCGGGCCGCAGCCUGGCCCGGCUGGCUGUCGGGGCGGACGUCGAGGGGGUCACGGGGAGGUACUUCGAGGGCAGGGAGGAGAUCAUGUCGAGCAAGGAUAGCUACUCGGAAAAGCUCCAGGAGGAUCUUUGGGACUGGACGGUGAAUUUUGUGGCGGGGGGCGACAAGGCCGAGGCUGAGAGGUUGAAUGCGUUUAGGUAGUGGUUGAGCUGUCCUGGAGGACAAGCAAAGUGUGGGUAAAUUCAAACAAGUAAAGGAC